GACGGGCCUAGGGUAUGGGGCGGGGCCGAUAGUGAGGCGGGGCUGGGGGCGCGGGGCAAGCCUGCUCGCAGCCGCGGGCUGUCGCUCACGCUGCCCGCAAGUGCCAGAGUCGCGUGGUGGGGCUGCCCUGCUUCUCCACUCCUUCUUCGCCUGCCCCGUGGCUGCAGCCUCCGCUAACCUCGGCCCUCGGCGUAGCUGCUGGCGCCUCCACCCGGCCCGCAGGCCGCCGCGGGCUGCGGAGCCCAUGAUGAUGCGGACCCCGCCGCCGCCUCCGCGGCGUCGCCGUCGUCCCGGAGCGCCCCUAGCCGGCGCGGGCAUGGCCGCGGAAUGAGCGCGGAGCCACCGCCGAGGCCCGAAGGGAGGAAGGCGCCGGAGCCUGAGGCGGGAGCCAUGCCGGAGAAGCGCGCGGGCGGCUGGCUACAAGGCUUCGGCCAGCCCAGUGUCUACCAUGCCGCUCUUGUCAUCUUCCUUGAAUUCUUUGCAUGGGGCCUGUUGACCACUCCAAUGUUAACCGUUCUACAUGAAACAUUUCCUCAACACACAUUCCUCAUGAAUGGUCUCAUUCAAGGAGUAAAGGGCCUGCUCUCUUUCCUGAGUGCCCCUCUCAUAGGUGCUCUGUCUGACGUGUGGGGGAGGAAACCCUUUCUCCUUGGCACCGUCUUCUUCACCUGCUUCCCAAUUCCACUGAUGAGGAUCAGCCCAUGGUGGUAUUUUGCGAUGAUUUCCGUGUCUGGAGUCUUCUCGGUCACGUUCUCUGUGAUAUUUGCCUAUGUAGCUGAUGUCACUCAGGAGCAUGAGCGAAGCACUGCUUAUGGAUGGGUCUCAGCCACCUUUGCAGCCAGCCUAGUCAGCAGCCCGGCCAUUGGAGCAUACCUCUCAGCCAGUUAUGGAGACAGCCUCGUCGUACUGUUGGCCACAGUGGUGGCUCUUUUGGACAUCUGCUUCAUCUUAUUGGCUGUUCCAGAAUCUUUGCCAGAGAAAAUGAGACCACUUUCCUGGGGAGCUAAGAUUUCCUGGAAACAAGCAGACCCUUUUGCGUCACUGAAGAAAGUUGGAAAAGAUUCCACUGUCCUACUCAUCUGCAUCACCGUGUUUCUUUCAUACCUUCCCGAAGCUGGACAGUAUUCAAGCUUUUUUCUCUAUCUCAGGCAGGUCAUAGGUUUUGGAUCUGUUAGAAUUGCAGCAUUCAUAGCUAUGGUAGGAAUUCUGUCUAUUGUGGCUCAGACAGCCUUUCUUACCAUCUUGAUGAGAUCAUUAGGGAAUAAGAAUACAGUUCUCCUUGGCCUGGGCUUCCAGAUACUCCAGUUAGCCUGGUACGGUUUUGGAUCUCAAGCCUGGAUGAUGUGGGCGGCGGGGACCGUGGCCGCCUUGUCCAGCAUCACGUUCCCAGCAGUCAGCGCCCUCGCCUCUCGGAACACAGAGUCAGAUCAGCAAGGAGUUGCACAGGGGAUCAUAACUGGAAUAAGGGGACUGUGCAAUGGCCUGGGGCCAGCGCUCUACGGCUUCAUCUUCUACAUGUUCCACGUGGAACUGACUGAGUUAGGACCAGAACUGAAUUCUAACAGUGCUUCCCUGCAGGGAGCUGUCAUCCCAGGCCCACCAUUUUUAUUUGGGGCAUGUAUAGUUCUCGUGUCUUUUCUGGUCGCUGUGUUCAUUCCUGAAUACAGUAAAGGCAGUGGAAUUCAAAAACAUAACUGCGCCAGCAGCAACUGGACCAACACCUCGGCACGGGGCAGUGGCCGUGAGGACAUUGCACCACUGCUACAAGACAGCAGCGCCUGGGAGCUCUCUUCCUUUGAGGAGCCCGGGAAUCAGUGCACUGAGCUGUGACCAGGCAGCAAGGGGGUUCUGCAGACACUGCCUGGGUGUGAGGGCACUCCCCGUGGAGACUUUGUGGUGCUGAGGGGAGAUGCUGGUGGCACCCUUCUGAGCCCGGUGUGAGAGGAAACCCUCAAUCCCUCCUCCUCUUUUUCUUCCAUUCUUUUCCUUUCUGUUUGCACAUUAGAACAGGUUAAGGUUUGAAGUAAUUUCCUGCAAAUGAUAUGCAACUCACAGAGUUAUCUGGAAUCCAAACUUGGAACAUCAAAUCCAAAAAGUGGUGUCUGGUGGAAAGAGGACUUUCCUUUAAUAACUCCAGACCAGGAGCUACACAGACUUCCUAGGUCCUUUCCAUAGAAGGUGCAGGACUGUAAUGGAACUGCCAUCUCUGGGAAGAUUUGAGGUGAAGAAUCCCUCAUUUUUCUCCCUCCUGUUUCUCUGAACUGCCUGCUCAGCCCACAAAACAGUGUUGACAAGUGCCCCCCCCCAGAGUCACUCAGUGUCAGGGAUCUCCUGCCUUUGUUCAAAGGCAGAACAGAAACCUAAUCAUCCUCUUUCUUUUCCUAUUCAGGGUUAGAAUGAAGUCCAGCAUAUCCUGUGAACAUUAAUGAUACUGAUCAGUGAUAACCUCUACCAGAUGAAGGAAAAUUUUCUUAAAAAUUUAAAUAAUGAAGAACUAGCAACUCAGAUUCCUAGGCCUAGUGUCUUGGUCAGAUCCAAGAUGAUUUUACAGAAGAAAACCACACACCAAGCAACAUAAAAAUUGGAGGGUGCUUCUAGGAAAGUUUUCAACAAUGUAAACAUUCCUAAAUGAAAAUGAGUUAGUGACUGUAUCCAGCUCAGACUCCCAGAUGCAUUAUCUCCAUCAGCCCCUCCCGCACCCCACAUCCUGCUCCUCAGUCUCCAUUCAACACACUCCUGCCUUAACUGCCCUGUACUAUGCAUUUGUUCUCAGUUCAUCUUUAUUUCCAUCUGUUUAUCUGACUUGAAUCCCAUGGGAACAUGCACAUAAAAUUCUGAAAUAUGGUAUAGAAAGCCUGUUUUCACAGUAAGUGUCUUGCUAAUUUUUCAGGAUGUUUUAUGAACAAAGAAAAUUUACAGAUUUAUAUGUAUUUUGCUGCACCAGUAAAUGGACCACUAAUUAGGGCCCACCUUUAAAAGAGCACUCCUCUGAAAGUUUUAUAGGCAUGAAAUACAUGUAGAUAUUUGUAAGGAGUUUUAAAUUUUUUUUGAUGGGGUGCUGUGUAAAUCUUGUAUUUAUAAAUGUAAUGGUGUUGACAGAAAAUAUAUAUAUACAACUUUUAUAAAGGAUUGUGUACUGACUGAAUACAUUUAAAAUACAUAUAUUUUGAAACCUGUUCUGCUAUGAACAGAGAUAACAUAUCUUUUUACUAUGCUGUUGGUUUUUAAGUUAAGCUUCCUAAUGCACAAUAAAUUUGCACUGGAUACUUUUA